AUGGUUCUCGCAGUUGAUCUCCUCAACCCCACCCCAUCUGCUGAGGCCCGCAAACACAAGCUCAAGACUCUUGUCCCCGCUCCCCGGUCGUUCUUCAUGGACGUCAAGUGUCCCGGCUGCUUCACAAUCACCACCGUCUUCUCGCACGCAAACACUGUUGUUGUCUGCCAGGGCUGCUCGCAAGUCCUGUGCCAACCUACCGGAGGUAAGGCGCGGCUGACCGAAGGCUGCUCUUUCCGAAGGAAGUAG